GACAUCUCUAGGGUAGCAGAGGGAGAGUGUUCUUAUCAAGACAUCUGAUCUGUCUCCCUUUUCUUCAAUAGUACUCAAAGAGGAACACCCUUCUCCAGGAUGGAGAAUGACAAGGUGGUUGAUCUUGAAAUCCAUGAAGACGGGAGCAGGGGGCCGGAGACCCAUCAGGGGAACGCCCGACGAACCCUGAGGGACUUGAGAUCGACGGGCUGGAGGGAGAUUGGCAUGGUUUUGUUGACGAAGUUGAGAGCAAACUUGCUCCUGGUACUAACCCUUGCAAGUGUGAUCCUUGGUGUAUUCUUUGGAGGUGUCCUGAGGAAUGCCGAACCUAGCAGCACAGCGAUCAAGAUCAUUGGUUUACCUGGGGACGUCCUGGUCAGGCUCCUGAAGAUGUUGGUCCUGCCGUUGAUAGUAUCGAGCUUGAUUACCGGUUUGACGAGCCUUGAUACCAAGUCAUGUGGCAAGCUGGGAGCGAGGGCUCUUGUCUAUUACUUCACGACAUCGUGCGUCGCAGUCAUCGUCGGAAUCAUUGUCGUCCUCGCUAUUCGUCCUGGUAGGACGGGCAGAGAACACAAGGUCGAUUAUGAUGAGAGAAAAGACAAUACCGAUGCCCUUGAAUCGCUCAUUGAUAUAUUGAGGAAUCUGUUCCCUUCUAAUCUGGUGCAAGCAUGUUUCCAACAGGCGAUGACUGUAUAUGGGACCAAGGACAAGAUGGUCCUCGAACCUAAUGAAACCAUUAACCAUGAUGCCAAUUGUGAUUUGAAAAAUGCAUCCGAGACGGGAAUGUGUUAUUUAGUCAAAAAUGGAACCGAGACAACUAUCGCCAAAAGCUUCAAAGAUGGCAUGAAUGUGCUCGGUCUCCUGGUUUUUAGCAUCCCUUUCGGUAUUCUCUUGAGUAGAAUGGGAGAGAAAGGUCGGGUUAUGGUGGAUUUCUUCGAAAUAUUGUCCGAGCUCACCAUGCAACUUGUCAACAUUGUUAUGUGGUACUCACCGGUGGGUAUCAUGAGUCUUAUCUGCGCUAAGAUUCUUUCGAUGAAGGACCUCUCAGACGUUUUACCCACUCUCGGCUUAUACAUGUUAACUGUAGUGCUCGGCCUUCUUGUCCAUCUUGCUAUCCUCAUGACCAUCUUCUACGUCACUACCAGGACAAACCCUCUCCGAUUCUUCGAAGGCAUUCUUCAAGCGUGGCUCACAGCUUUCGCUACUGCGUCUAGUUCUGCGACACUUCCCGUAACUUUUCGUUGCCUUGAGGAUAACCUGAAAGUGGACAAGCGAGUAACACGAUUCGUUCUGCCCAUUGGUGCUACUGUGAAUAUGGACGGCACCGCCCUCUACGAAGCGGUUGCCACCAUCUUCAUCGGGCAAAUGAAUGGCUUUGCUAUGCCUUUUUCUAAAAUCCUCACUAUAAGUCUUACAGCUACCCUCGGUAGCAUUGGCGCCGCUAGUAUACCAAGUGCAGGCAUAGUGACCCUGGUACUCGUGUUGACUGCCGUUAAUUUCCCGAUAGAAGACGUUGGCCUUCUAAUGGCUGUCGACUGGUUUCUGGAUCGUUGCCGUACCUCUAUCAACGUAGUUGGAGAUUCUUACGGAGCUGGUAUAGUCUAUCAUCUCUCUAAACAUGAGCUAGAAGCAUCUGACAAAGGGGAGGCUGAAUUGGAGAUCGAGGAAGGCAAGGAAAACGGGGAUCUCUCAGCUGGAAACGCUGAGACAGAGAUCGAAAAGAGCGUGGAAAAUGAUGACAACGCCACGAAAGAAGGAUCCAACUGCGAUUCUGGAGUCUAGACUCGGCUUCACUAAUUGGCCGGUGAUUCAUGACGUCACUUUAUUCUAGAUUGGGCGGGGCAUAAUAGGUUACUGCUCAAAUCUAUCUCCAACAUUGCAGUUCUAUACCUUUCAGUAGAACGAGUAUGAUUUUGUACGACAGAGAUAAAAUAUAAACUUUAAUAUUCCGAGGUAUAAUCAAGAUAUUCUCUAAUCUCUCCGUAAUCUAGUGUUGUAGUCGAGAAAAUAGCUUAUUCCUACUUUGUUGUAGCAAACCCUACUCGGAUUUUAACCUUUAAUCAAAGAGAAACUAGUAUUGAUGAGGUCCUUUUGAAGUAGGUUUUUACACUCAGUCACAUACUUUCAUAAGAAGGGUUCAAAAUUGCACCACUGCAGGUAGAACCCUUUUGUGUGAGAUUUUGAAAACUUAGCAGAAAAAGGGAACGAAAAUGGUCCUUUUAAAGUUUUCAGGAGCUCAUGAUUUUUGGGGUCUUCACCAGGCUAGCACUAAAAUAGUCCUCGCCGCAAGCGUUCAGUAACUACAUAGCAGAGCGGCGCUACUCUAAUCCCAUUCAAAUACUUGGGCACGUAACGGACGGCGCUCGCCUGGUGCUGUUAAUAGCAGCUUCAAAAUAGCACCGGUCUGGUACGGGCAUGCGGCAUUCAUAAACUCAAAAUAUUACGACUUGGCCCGGAGCUCUGCUCUGGACCAACUAGUUACUAAAAGCGGUAUAAGUUCCUAUUUGCACCAAUAUAUGCCAGCACGUACUCCCUAACUUAGUACCUUAAACGGGGCCGGUGAAUAUAUCUUCAUGUACAAAUGCAAAUUUCAGUGUACAACUCGAUCUGCACCCAUUCCUGUAAAUGCACUCUAAAGAUUUACCUCAAAAGGAGCUGACAGCAAUGCAGUUGAAGGGUGAAUGAUUACACCUUUUUGCAAUUUGUAUGUAAUAUCAUAGCACUCAAUUUUAAUUGCAUAAAGUCUGUCGUAAACACACUGCUAGCAAAGUUUAGGCCGAGGGAAAGAGUGAGCAAGAUAUAUAUAUAGAGAGAGAGAUUGUUUAUAAAGUACUCAUUCUGUUUAAAAAAUGCAUAGAAUACCCAAUUUUCAGGUUGGAAUAUCACAAAUUAUCAGCUCGCGCUCCGCACUCUUGCAUUAUGCGAUUGGUGAAAUAUGUAUCCUUUUCAUCAGUCACUAUUUUAUUUAUUUUAUUAGAAUAUAUUUAUCCGGGUAAAAAAUAUCAGUAUAAAUUUGUGUUUCUUUAAAUGAAUCUUCAUCCAUUUUUUUUCGGUGCAAUAUGGUUUUGAAAUUGAAUAUUCAAACUCUUUUUGCUCAUCUGUGUGUGAGCUAUUCAUAUUAUAAUUCAUGAUGUAUUUGAUAUAAAGAGAACAUUCUCGAUGUUAUGAUGACGUAAAUGAAAUAUUGAUUACUAUGUAAAUGGCGCUAACCGGGAAUUCCUGUUUUCUUCUGGGACGCAAAACCUGGGACCCGUAACACAAAGCUUGGCUGUCAUCGUGUGACAUUUUUCAACGAUUGAUUGCAUUGGCUACAAUGUACAAUCAGUCGUGAAAAUCAUAUGUACGAUUAAUUGCUAAACUUUGCACUGCCAAAACGCCGGUGUUAAUCUAACACCAGCCUGGUAUCUAUAUCGGUGUUGAAACAACACCGGUUUGGCGUUAUAGGCAUACUCCCAAUUUGGAAUUUAAGCAACACCAAUAGUGUUAAACUAAUAUCGGUUUGGUGUGGAUCGACAUAUAUAGAUACCGGGCUGGUGUUUAAUCAACACCGGUGUUUUUGCACUGUAUGUUACGGGCUCCUGAUGGGUACACGCACCCCCACACACAUAUACACACACACACUCCACCAUAACACAGAUAGCAUUGGCCACGAAACUGAAAAAGGGAGAAAUUAAUAGUUAAAAUUAUAAGUGCAAUUACAAAUAAGUAAUAUGAAGUAAAGAAAAAAGAUCUACAGCCGUGUGUUUUAUUACCAAACAAUGACGUAGGCCCUAUUAAUAAAAAAUACGCAGUAUGGAAAUCCUUUUUUUUUUAAUAAUUAUGUAUAUACAUUAUGUAAGGUAAUGGCAUUGCACAAAAGACGUAAUUUAAAUUCGUCCAAUAAAACUUCACCGCAAAACGCAAUUUGUGACUCUGGGAUAAUGAAAAACGAAUAAAGCAAUGUAUGCGGAUUUUCAGUACUCCAA